AUGUUGGCCCGCUCCACUAUCCUCCUCCUUACUCUUGGCCUCGCUAUGAGUGACACCUGCCAAGAUAUAUGCGACAGUAAUCCUGCCUGCGCUCAGUCCAAGUUUGGUAGCUAUUGCAAGAGCAAUGGUGUAUGCUUUGGGCUGUACCAUCAAGGCUGUGGAUACUGCUUCCAGCCUGCUGAGCAAGAGACCUGUGAUGACUCUACACUUGAGCCUGUCGCGUGCCAGGGUUGCCAGGCAGCAUGCGAUACCCUUCCCCAGUGCAAGAACUCUGACAGAGGUACCUACUGGUAUCAUGUAUCUUCUUUCUUGAUGGAGAGGCUAAGUUGCGAUGGAUACACAGGCAAGGGAGGGUUUUCAUCUAUCAACCCACCCCUUAGCCCGCUUAUCGAAACUUACCAAUUGUUCAAAAAGUUCAUUUAG